AAUUUCUUUACAAAAUAAAAAAUAGUAAAUAUUAAGUUUUUUUUGGAUAUUAAGUUGUUAAUGUCACGUAAGAAGUGGAGUUCAUUGCAAAAGCCACCGUUAUCUAGGCCCGUAUUAGGCGUUGUUGAAAGUAUGGGUUUUGAAUUAAUGACACCUGUUCAGGCUUCUGCUGUACCGUUACUUAUGUCAUGCAAAGAUGUUUCUGCGGAGGCUGUGACUGGCUCAGAAAAACAUUAGCCUUUUAAGUGCCUUUAUUGGAAAUGAAGUCGCAGGCCUAAUUAGUCACUGUAGACUCCUAAAGAAAUUGGCGCUAUAAUUAUCUCACCCACAAGAGAAUUGGCUUUACAAAUCUCGGAGGUAUUGCAAGUCUUACAUUUAGCAUUUACGUCAAAAACUUAUAGUAGGUGGAGGCAGCAUAGAAGAGGAUAUAAAAUCUAUACAGAACAAGGGGCCAACCAUCACAACCAAUCAGCAUCUUUACUAAAAAGGUUUAAAUUGGUGGGAUCGUUUCAUUGUAUUUUGAAAUAAGGUAAAAAGUCACUGGACUUG